CUUUAGAGCAUUUAGAAUCCCAAAAGCGAGGAAAAGAAGAAGAUUCAAGGAUGGGAUAUGUAAGUCUCGAUCAUAUUGGAUAUCAAAUAACAGCUGGUCAGAGAAUUGCUUUCAGAGUGAGAUAUAACAGGAGAGGAAAUGGAAAACCUGGCGGAAUGGCCAUAAAUUUUAGACAGCAGAUGGGUGCAGGGAACGAUAUCAUUCUGCAUUUCAACCCAAGACAUCCAGCAUAUAGUAUAGUUCUGAAUUCGUUUGUAAAUCAAAAUUGGCAACAAGAAGUUAUCACUGAUGCAGAGGAAGCGGUAUUUUCUGAGGAGUUUACGUUGUCAUUGGACAUCAUAGAUGAAAGAAAUGUCUUGGUCAGAGUCAAUGGCGGAAUAUUGACCACUUAUACCUGCCCGAUCGAUAUUUGCAAUACAAAUUUCAUAGAGUUCUCUCCUGAAUACAGGCUUAUUGAAGAGACAAUUGAAAAUUCACAAAUUUGCAGUUCGUAAGAAAGUUAAAGACGAAAACUGAAAUGAUGAAGUUUUAACAAAACUUUUUAUAAAUUGUGUUUUCACUUUCAUAAAACGUAUCCUUAGUUUCUGAAAAAAAUGAAUUAUCGGCAAAUAAAUAUUUUGCUUAAAAAAU